UCCAGCCUGUUUGACGUUACGCCGCUUCUUUCAUUUCCAGCUUUGUAGAUCUCCAUUUUCUUUAGGCCGUCUUACAGGAGAAAGGGGAUUAAACUCGUGAAAAAAAUGAAUGAAGAAUACGACGUUAUUGUUUUGGGAACUGGACUCACGGAAUGCAUCCUGUCGGGGAUCAUGUCUGUGAAGGGGAAGAAGGUCUUGCAUAUGGACAGGAACUCCUACUAUGGAGGAGACAGCGCCUCCAUCACCCCUCUGGAUGAUUUGUACAAGCGCUUCAGCCUACCCGGCAGCCCUCCUGAGUCAAUGGGGAAGCCCCGUGACUGGAACGUGGAUCUCAUCCCCAAGUUCCUCAUGGCCAAUGGUCAGCUGGUGCGUAUGCUGCUUAUCACACAAGUAACCCGUUACCUGGACUUCAAAGUGAUAGAGGGAAGCUUUGUCUACAAGAAAGGUGGCAUCUACAAAGUGCCCUCCACCGAGACUGAGGCGCUGGCUUCUAGCCUUAUGGGGCUUUUCGAGAAGAGGCGGUUUCGGAAGUUUCUGGUCUUUGUGGCCAACUUUGAUGAGAACGACCCCAAGACAAUGGAGGGUGUGGACCCCAACAAGACCUCCAUGCGUGAGGUUUACAAGAAGUUUGACUUGGGGCAGGAUGUCAUAGAUUUCACAGGCCAUGCCAUUGCUCUCUACCGCACAGAUGACUAUCUGGAUCAGCCGUGCAUAGAGACGAUAAACAGGGUUAAGUUGUACAGUGAGUCCUUGGCUCGAUACGGCAAGAGCCCCUACCUUUACCCUCUGUAUGGCCUGGGAGAACUCCCCCAGGGUUUCGCCAGGUUAAGUGCCAUCUUUGGAGGAACCUAUAUGCUGAACAAGUCAGUUGAGGAGAUCAUCAUUGAAAAUGGCAAAGUGGUGGGCGUAAAAUCAGAGGGAGAGAUUGCCCGCUGCAAACAGCUGAUCUGCGACCCCAGCUACGUAAUGGACCGUGCAAAGGUUGUGGGCAAGGUGAUCCGAGCCAUCUGCAUCUUAAGCCAUCCUAUCAAGAGCACCUCGGAUGCCAACUCCUGCCAAAUCAUUAUACCCCAGAAUCAGGUCAACAGGAAGCAUGAUAUCUAUGUGUGUAUGAUCUCGUAUGCACACAAUGUGGCUGCCCAAGGUAAAUACAUAGCCAUUGCUAGCACCACUGUGGAGACUAACGACCCUGAGAAAGAGAUCAAACCAGCGCUGGAUUUGCUGGAGCCUAUUGAACAGAAAUUUGUGAGCAUCAGUGAUCUCUAUGCUCCAACUGACUUAGGAGCUGAGAGUCAGGUUUUCAUCUCUCGCUCAUAUGAUGCUACAACCCACUUCGAGACCACCUGUGAUGACAUCAAAGACAUCUACAAGCGCAUGACUGGCACAGACUUUGACUUUGCCGAGAUGGAGCGCAAGAAAAAUGACAUCUUUGGUGAUGGAGCUGACCAGUAACCUAGCACGACCUAGGCACUGUUGAAUAUCGCAUUCAGAGGAUGGUAAUCUUAAGGAAAAAAGAAAAUAUGAAAAAGAAGAAAAAAGGUAACCAAAGUGGGCUAGCUAAUGAUUUCAAGUAUAAGUUUUUGCCCAUAAAGGAGUUUCAUGUAUACAGUUACAAAUUUAGCAUAUAAGGGGGCGGGGGGAGCGCUGGCAGUGUGCUUGUAUAAUCAGGUUAUGAGACAUAUUGCACUGAUAGUUGGUUGACGAUCUGUAUAUGGUUACCAUCAUGUCAUAGUGUUGUCUCCCUGCUCUGUCAGGGCAGCCAUAUAGUCCAAAGAUGCCAAAUGAUCAGAUGUUUUCAAGUGACAUUAAAGCCACAGCUAAAAGACAUUACUCAACAAGUAUUUUUUUGUAAUUAUGUCCAAAAGCUAAAAGAUGUCAUAAGCAGAAGUGACUGGGGGGAAAUAUAAAAUGGUCUGUUUGACAAGGUUGUAAAAAAAAAAAAAAA